CAAUCAACUCGAGAAGGCGCAUGAGCGUGAGCUAUACAAGCCAGGAAACUAGCGUUUUUGUAACGUAAUCCGAAGUAAAAAAAAAAUAAAUAAAGGACAAUUUAUGAUACCAAUGUUGUCAGAUUGUACUGCUGAUAUGCAACAUGUUUUUGUUGUUAUCUUGACCAACGGUUUUGGAGAUUUCAGUCUUUCCCCUUUUAAGUAGACAGGAGCAGAACUUGUAUGCCGCUUGUUUAAAUAGAAAAUUAGCUGCCCGUGAGCGUUCCAAAGAUGGAUGUGAGUGGACUGACUUGCUAAAGACACUUUGGUCGCACCCGCCCAAACUUUCAUCACCAGCACGGCGCGCGAGUGUUAUGGUAACAGCGCCCCGCCCGCCACCAGCACUCAGGCGCGCGCAGUUUCACUCCCUAGUACUGUAUCGAUGAAGUUGCACAAAGAUGGCGGAUUUCCUGCCGUCCCGGUCCUUUCUAUCCAUUUGUUUUCCAAACUGUCGUCUCAACAGCAGUGAGGCAGAACAACUGAGGAAAUCUAAAAAUAUAGACAGGGAUAUUCUGAAAGACAAAACCUAUGUGAAACGGCUAGUCAAGAUACUUUUGCUCGGCGCCGGGGAGAGCGGCAAGUCCACUUUCCUCAAGCAGAUGCGCAUCAUACACGGGCAGGACUUCGACCAGCGGGCCAAAGAGGAGUUCAGAGCCACUAUUUACAGUAAUAUUAUUAAAGGUAUUCGAGUGCUUGUGGAUGCCAGAGAGAAACUGCAUAUCCCCUGGGGAGACCCUUCAAACCAGGCACAUGGAGACAUCAUGAUGGCUUUUGACACACGCACCAUGGUGUCACAAGGGACAGUGGAGUCCAAAGUUUUCCUGCAGUACCUGCCUUUGAUCAGUGCUCUCUGGGCUGACAGUGGCAUACAGAACGCAUAUGACCGACGCAGAGAAUUUCAGCUGGGUGAAUCUGUGAAAUAUUUCUUGGAUAACUUGGACAAACUCGGGACACCGGACUAUCUACCGACACAGCAAGACAUUCUUCUGGCCCGUAAACCCACCAAGGGCAUUCACGAGUAUAACUUCGAGAUCAAGAAGGUACCCUUCAAAAUGGUGGACGUGGGCGGCCAGCGAUCGGAGCGCCGCAGGUGGUUCGAGUGCUUCGAGAGCGUCACCUCCAUCCUCUUCCUUGUCUCAUCCAGCGAGUAUGACCAAGUGCUGAUGGAGGACCGUCAGACCAACCGCCUCAUGGAGUCGCUCAACAUCUUUGAGACCAUCGUCAACAACCGCGUCUUCAGCAACGUUUCCAUCAUCCUCUUCCUUAACAAGACAGACUUGCUUGAGGAGAAGGUCAAAACGGUGGCCAUCAAGGACUACUUCCAGGAGUACACAGGGCAGCCACACUGCCUUGCCGAUGUGCAGAAGUUCCUGGUGGAUUGUUUCCGGAGCAAGCGCCGAGACCAGCAGCAGAAGCCCCUGUAUCACCACUUCACCACUGCCAUUAACACAGAGAACAUUCGGCUGGUCUUCCGCGAUGUCAAGGACACCAUCUUGCAUGACAACCUUAAACAGCUCAUGCUGCAGUGAUUCUGGUCUUGUAGUUCCUUUCAGAUUUCUCUCAAAUUACCCUCUUCUGCUCAGAUAUUUGUACUCCAUACAGUAACCUCCCUGAAUAGCUCUGACAUGCUUUUGUGUUAGGAGAAAAGCCUAGCCUAGCGGUUUGUCAUGAGUAUAGAAUGUUGGCCAAGGGUUUCUAAGGUAAGAAAAGGGAGUGCAUCUGUCCACUCACUUUUUACUCUCCUUAUUCAGCCUGCCAAGAGAAGCUGUAUGUGUCAUUAAGCAUUACCCCUCAUCAGUGAAAGCCUGAAUGUGACCCCCCCCAUUUGAGCCUUUUUAUUUCUGACCAAAUAGCAAGAUCUUUUAACCUUUUAACAGGAAUGAUAUGUUCUGAGCCUCUCUGUAGACACAAGCCAGGCUUUACUCAAAUAUUACCCCUUACCUUGAUUGGUGUUUUUAACUUGUUACCUGUCCAAUCAAUAGUUUAAUUUUAGAAUUCAGAUGUUUUAUAUAGAUGUAUGAAUAUAUUUAACAAAAAGAUUCUUAAGUUAUAUUUCAAAAGGUUUAUACUUUGUGAUUUUCCUCUGCUGAUGGAUAAUGCUUACGAUCGAAGAAAUGGUUUUGAGUGGAAACAUGUUGUCGCAACUAUAUACCACUUGAUAAACUGAAUUUAUACUGUGGUUAGCCAUGCUAGGCAAGCUGAUAGAUACAGUAUAUGGCUUAAACUCAGGGCUGAAUCUAGAUCACUUUUAGUGUAUUGAUGAAAUUAACUCCAAUGUCCACUAAUUGUAGCUCUUCGUCCGAUGUCCUUGCUGGCCUACAGACAAACAUCUUCACUCUGAUUCUUCACAAUUUCUUUGGUUUUUGUCCAUCAGGGAACAAAAAAAACAAACAGUGUCUUAAUUUAUUUCCUUUGUUUUGGGUUUUUUGUCCACAACCAAACUAAACUGACUUUUUUUCAGUGAGACCCCAAAAAUGUAUUUUUGAGUUUGUAACAAUUUUGCUAACAAAAGCUUCCAUAUUCACAAGUGCCACAUGUUUUAGGUACCAAUAAUUCAAACAACUGUUUCCUAUCUGCAUUGCAUUGACCUACUUUGUGGACCUUGUUCCCUGUCAAUGGUUGUGUAUAGCUGCUUUGUAUAGUGCCAUGUCCUGAAUACUACUGUUGUAGUAAGUAUUUUAUGUAAAUAGUCACCCACCUCACUCUUUUCUAAUAGAUGUGUAACCUACACUGAAUAUGUAUAGCUGUUUUUGCCACUGUGUACUCACACAAAAUCGGUUGCCUUAUAUAUAUAUAUAUAUAUAUAUAUAUAUAUAUAU